AUGUAAAAAUAAUUUGAAGGAUAAAAUAAUUUAGAAGAUUAUUUCUUAGAAGUUGAGUAGGUUAUAAGCAAUGUAAGAUAUAAUAGUUAAUAGUCUUAGAAUGUCAAUCCUUAUGAUAUUAAAUGUCCAAUAUGUUUAAAUGUAUAUUUGGAUCCAAUUUCAUGUGACUCAUGUAUGAAUCAUUUUUGUAGGAAAUGCUACCAAAAGAAAUAAGUAAUUAUAUAAUGAUUAUUAAAAAGAGCACAAAAUGUCCUUUAUGCAAUCGUCUUAGUGAGACAAGAAAAGCAUUUCCACUUUUAAGAUAAUUAUUGAGUUAAUUAAAAAUGAAAUGUCCUCAUUUUAAUUAAGGUUAUGAUAGAAUUAUAAUUAUAGGAUGUUAAGCAAUAAUUGAUUAUGAUGCUUACGAUAAACAUAUUAAAUAAUGUGAUUAUAGUGAAGAAAUUUGUGGAUUAAUGGAUGGUAAAUUAUAAUGUAAUGUUGUAAAAUUUAAGAAGGAUAUACAAAAACAUAGGAUAUAUGAAUGUAAUUAUAGAUAAUGUGAAUGUUGUCAUUGUCAUUAAUUUGUAAUAAAUAGAAUAACUAUUCUUUUAGUUUAGCAAUUUUAAAUUAGAAAUGCAUGAGCUCAAAUGUGAAGAGGCUUUAAUAAAUUGUCCAAAAUGUUAUAUUAAAAUAAAAAUAAAGGAUUAAUCUAGUCAUCUCUUAAUUUGUGAUUAGAAUAUAGAAAAAUGUAAUUAUUGUAGUGUAGAAUAUUCUUUACAAUAAUUAUUAAUUCAUUAAAAUGAAUGUCCAUUAAGACCAGUUUGUUGUGUUGGUUGUUCUUAAAGAUUUACUUUUAGUAUUUAUUACAUACAUUAAACUAAAUGUCCUAAAUUUCCAUAAACAUGUCAAAAUUGUAAUCAAAUAAUAAUAAGGGAAUAAUUUGAAAAUCAUAAAUUUAAAGAUUGUUUGAUAUAUAUAAAAUCUCAACAUGACAAAGAAAUAUAAAAUUUAAUUCAAAAACAAUAAUAACUUGAAAUUGAAUUAAAAAAAAGAGAUACAAUAAUUAAGUAAAGACAAAUAGGAUUUUAGGUUUUCCAAUCGAUUUAAAGAUCCAGAUAUAUUUCUAAAUUUAGAUAAGACAUUUGCAUUUGUUAAGUCAACAGCAAGUAAAAAGAAAGAUAGAUUUGUUUUAUUUAAUAAUCCAAUUUCAGAAUAAAGAAAAUAAUGGAAGUUUAAGUAUAAAUAAUAAUACUAAAAAUAAUAGAUGUUCCCAAGUGAUAAGUUCAUGGUAUGCAGUAGGUGUUACAGAAUUAUCUACUUUGUAUUCUCAAAAAAGAUAUUAAUCUAUAGGACAUGGAUCCUAUCUAGUAUCUUCAAAUGGAACUAUGUAUAAUAAUCAUAAAGAUGAUCAGAAUUCAAAGGAAAGUGAUUUCUAGAUUAAUACAAAUGAUAUUAUUGUUAUUACUAUAGAUUUAGAUGCAGAUUUAUUGAUUCUUACUAAUACAACUUAAAAUUUAUCACUUGAAAUAGAGGCAGAUUUUGGAGGAGUAGAAUAUUAUGGAUGUGCUUGUUUAAGAACUGCAGGAGAUGGAAUUUAAAUAAUUUAAUGA